AUGUCUUUCCUCCUCUUUCCGACCAGACGCAUGACCUCUGCCAUUCCUGCAGUAUCUUCUCGUGCAUUAUCAACAACUCGACCCUCACAGCUUGCUCGCAUGACUCUGGUUGGUCGUCUCGGCACCGACCCAGAGCUCAGCGAAACCAAAAAUGGUCAAGUGAUCAAAUAUGUGGUGGGUACCAGCCAUGGACCGAAAGAGAACAGACAAACAUCGUGGUUUCGCGUUGCCAGUUUUGCACCAGAGGGUGCUCAACGAGACUUGGUGAUGGGUUUGAGCAAAGGAACACUCAUCUAUCUCGAGGGUGAUGCUACCAUGCCUAUUUACACUGAUGCAGACGGUAAAAAGCAGAGCGCACUGAGCCUGGUGCAGACCAAAGUGGAGGUGUUGAAGAGACCUCAACCCAAAGAGGAAGUUGUCGCAGCAGAUGCUGCUGGAGCAUAA